AUGCCAGAGCCUCAGACGCACCCAAAGAUGGCUCCAGAGGCACAAAGUGAAUUAGAGGCAUCUGAAGAAUCUCUGGUGGAGGGAGAACCUUUUACCUCAAUUCAAUCCGGAGGUGUAUCUCACUCAUCCAAGUCGGAUGAAGAUUUGUCCCCAUCCACAAAAAACGAUAAAAAAAAACCAAAACAAAAAAACAAAAAACCUCCUGCUAGACCUACAAAAGGUUUGGAAGACAAACCUUCAAGAAGUCCAGGUCAAAAUGGGGGUGUUGUCCCCCCAAUUGUUGGAGGUGUGUGGCGGACAAAGGUACCUUCCAACACAUAUGGUUGA